CAUAUUACGUCUGACACAGGAAAUAUUACUUGCAUUUCGCAUUGAAGACAUAGUGGAAACGUUAACUUUUGAAGGGGAGGUUUUUGUCAGUUUGGAACACACAAGACCUGCUGAGAAUGAUUAUGGGUGGUAACUUCAACGUCGCAAUAAUUUUCCUCGUUGCUUUGUUAAUUUCGUCUGAGAGUCGCUUUGUCAAUAAGGUGUCAAAAAAGGAAGCCAUAGAGCGCAGAUCUGCCACCUGCAAUGCCAAUAACAAGACAUAUAACCUUGGAGAGACAAUUGUAUAUCACAAAGUCACUGAUCCUGUGGAAAAUGCCAUGUGUGACGUAUGCCAAUGUUCUGCUGGGGGAAUUACCGGCUGUACGCCUUAUGCCUGUGACUUGGGCGUAAUGCCAUCGCUCUGCGACAAUUGGAUAACAAAGGAAGGAAGAUGCUGUCCUAUCUGCGAAACCUGCUCGAAUAAUGCCAAUCCUUGGAUUAAACGUUUGAGUUCUGGCGACUGCUACGAGUGUUCUUGCAAUGGUGAAGAUGUUAAUUGUCAUCUUACCUGGUGUGCACCAUGCCCGGGCGUCACUGUUAACAUUCCUGGACAGUGCUGCCCCCAAUGCACUCCAACAACGCAUCCGCCAGACUCCUUCACGAUCCAGUGGACCACAACCCAGGCGUCGCCAAACUUUCCUCCGAACUUUCCUGGUUUCCCAUUUCGCAAGCGUGACGUGAUAUCACCAGAUGAACAGAUUGACGACAAAGAGCAUGAUAGCAAGGAGCAAUAAACAUCACGUGACUAAAAAGAUUUCAAGGAUAGAUAGAUGGUAGAAAAAGACGCCAACAUUGCUACAAACGCAGGAAACGACAACAGACUAGACUUGUGAUUUUAGAGCUGUUUGUAGCUGUCUACUGUAAUUUAUGAAUAAUUGACAAUAAAUCGGGAUUCACGGUU